CGCCAGUAGAGCACCGGUAAAACGACCGCCCUCAUGACCUGCCAAACGACGUCGAAUGAAGUGCAUGGCGUCGCCAGGUCGCUCCUCGUCGCUAUGUCAAGCUUUUGUCGCUCGGCAGAAGCUUCCCACGAGACGAGCAAGAACCAGGGCGCAAGAAACGAAGCUACCAGCUUGUCGUGCACCAUCCAGCAAAUUCGAGAGGCCGUGCGCCCAACGAGCAAUCUCGCUGGCUCGAGUCCCUUGCCUUGUCCCAGCUCAACGAUACGAGUCCACCAGCGUUCGGACCAUUCUGCGCGACCUGUCCCGCCAUGUUCUCAACGGUCGCUUCUCGCGCGAGCUUCUCUCGACGCCAUUGUGCCAUUGUCCCUCGACUACGAAAAUGGCGUCGCGCAUGACUGUCGCGACGAGCUACGAGAGCUUGUCCUGCUACCACCUCUUGCGCAUGGCCGUCGAAGACGACGCCGGGGCGGUCGUGUUCCAGCCAACGCUCGUCGAGUCGGAGCUCCUCCGCCUUCUCGGCGCGCUGCAUGUGGUCGAUGGCGCCAAGAAGAUGCCAGUGGAAGAGCAGCUCGGGCGCUUUGUUGACGCUAGCGACGCCGAUCGGAGCAUUGACGUGGUGGCCUGCUUCGGGAAGCAAGCCGCGGUCCAAGUCGAGCUCCGCCAGCGCGGGUGGUGGCUCACGAAACUCGAACACUAUUUGCACGCGGACGACGAGGGCGUGUUCGUAAUUGUGCUCCCCGAUGCCCGGCCCAAGGUCGUGCUCUUUACGUGGCUGCUGGACAGCGCCUUUGCGCCCGAGUACUUGCGCGAGCGGGCGACAUACGCGCUGCGCUUUGUGACGACGCUGACGUCGACGGUGCUGUGCUGCCUCACGGACGCCGACUGGACUGCGCUUGAAUUGGCGGCGGCGGACGAGACGAACGACAUUGGCUCGAGCUGGAUGAAGUACUCGGUCGAGUUUUCGAUUGCAGAGGCGGCAGUGCAAGACGAGAUCGUGACGUGCGUUGCGCUGCCGACAACGACGCAACUGCCGCAAGGCCUUGUACUCGUGUCGUCGACGGGUCCGACAGCCGUGACAUUCCGCGUGGCAUCGGAGACCAGCAUCACCACCAAGAAGGGUGUCGUGGGGCUGACGCCACCCACAGCCUUUGCGAAGUGGCUGGUCGAUGCUGCGACAACGCACCGCCUUGAGCUGAAAGUGGGUCUCCCGAAGCCGUGUAUGAAGGCGGCGCUAACAGCGUGGUGCGCGUGGCCAACGUGGGCACUGGACCGCGUGACGAUUGCGGGCGUCCGCAACGACAUGCGCCCCGACGUGACGACGAGGGUCGAGUGGGAACUGCACGACUUCCUCGCGCGUUUCUCCCACAAUGCGAAGGUGCUUUGUUACAUGGCACCCGAGCCGCGCUCGGCAGUUGCAGAGGAGCGAGCUCACGCCGAGAUGAUGGCCGACUUGACGAGCCUCUCAAACCAACUCGCUGGAGAGUUGCCAAUUCCAGCGGACCUCUCGUCACUUCCUGCCCAUGUCAAAACCAUGAUCAACGCGGAAGGAGAGGCGAUGUGGCGCGCGACCCCACGAUCGGCUGGCAUCAAGUCGUAUGCCGACGCUACCAAGUCCCCAAGCCAGAGUUGGCUGGUCGCCGACCACUUUGAGCCGUUUUCGUUUCCGUUUGUGGGCAAGAGUCCCGCCGCCAUGGACCUCAUUGUGCCCCGUAUCCUUGCAGACCUGAAGGCGUACUACGACAACUGGUUAUCUGCGCUGCAAGAGUUUUUGUUCGAGCCAAAAGUCGCAAGUGCCAUGGUCGAGCACGCGCUUUUGCAGGCGGACACGACUGCGACGCUCUGCUGCGCCCGAGAUGCUCUCAUCUACGAAGCCUUUGUCGCGGCUAUUGACACGCGCAACCGUCUGCACGCGGCAACGGCGCUGACGACGACGCUCGCCAAAGGCGCCGACGCGGAGCACUUGAGUGUUGCGCAGCAGCAUAUUGGCGACGGUGGCCAAACGCUGUACCUUACGCACCAAGACGGACGCGCGCUCGCCCAGCUGCACUUGCCAUUGCACGUCCGCAUCUUGCUCGUCACGGUCGUUGACGCCGUUCUUGUCGUCGUCUACACGGACGACACCAAGACGACAGUGCGCUCGUACACGCUGCAUGGGCCACGCUCGCUCAAGAAGCACGUGUCGAAGCCGUUUCCGCAUGUGGUCGAGCGCUGCGACUUUGACCCGACGCAACGCACACUGGCGCUUUUUCACAGCGACACCUUUGUCGACCUGCUGACGUUUACCCCGACAUUCACGAAGCUCCUUGGGCGCUCGCAGCGCGUGGAUCUGCGCGUGCUGCGUCCGUUGCCUCCGUUUCGAGACGUUUUGAUGUUUGGCGGCGACCAGCCUGGUCUCUUGUGCGUGGGCGACGAUGGCAGCGCGCAGUCGUACGUGCGGCAGACGCGGCAGCUGUCCAAGCACGUACCCAAGUUUGUCGCCACACCGACGACCAAGGUGGUCAAGUUCAAGGACGGCGCGUUCAUCGUGCGCCUCAUGCCGCUGACCGACCAGUCCCUUCGCGUGCAAACGAUGACCACGCACACCCUCGCGCCGCUGCCCGAGACGACGGUUGCGCUACCGUGUCUCCUCGACUGGAAAGCUACCGAAGCGCGCGCCUAUGCCGACACGAUCCUGCUCCUGGACCCGACGACGGGCGCUGUGGUGGAGCUCCAGCUGACGGUGGUCUCUGGUCAACUCGCUUGGGAGCUGCAGUGCGCACAGCAAGCGGCGCCAGCCAAUUUGAACGAGUCGUCGCUGCUCUGGGCUGUCUUCCACGUGUUUGAGAAGUUUCCCGUGCGCGCCAUGAUGGACGAGACGUCGAGCCGCCCGGCGCUGCAGCUGCGAGCCCACGCGUCGUCGCCGGCGCGUCGCGAAGUGUUUUUAACGACGUUGGACGCGGUCAUGACCAAGCUCGGAAGCCUCCAAAAAGACUUGACGCCGCUGGCGCUGGCCAAGGACGCAAUCGUGGACGCGUCGCUACUGGUGUGGCCGACAAUGGCGCUUGCACCGUGGAUCCUCGAGCUCGUGGGCUUUGUGCCCGUGCCCAUUUGUCGCGCGCAGGACAACCAGCUCCUUUUGCUGCGCGACGGCGUCACCAUGGCGUUUCGCGACGGGUCGGAAGCGCACACGCUGGCGCCGCAGAUUGGCUUUGGUGCUGCGAGCCACGUUCUCCGAGCGUGGAGUGGCCCUGUCGUCGUACUCACGUCGAUGGGGAAGCAGUCGACUGGCAAGUCCUACUUUUUGAACCACCUCACGGGCAGCUCGUUUGCGAUUUCCGGCGCGCGCUGCACGGACGGUGUGUGGCUCACGCUGCGUCAAUUGGGUCGGUGCCUCGUGGUUGUGCUCGACUUCGAAGGCCUCGGGUCGUUUGAGCGUUCGGCGCAAGAAGACACACUGCUCUCGGUGCUCAACGCGGCCGUCUCGCGCCUCACAGUGUUUCGCAUCGAGAUGCGCUUUGACAAGGACGUGGACGGUAUGUUUGCGAAGUUUCAGCAAGGCGUCGCGCUGCUCAAGGGCGACGAGCGCCUUUUCUGCGGCCGUCUGCUUCUCAACGUCAAGGACGUCAACCCGCACGACCAAGCGUCGGUCGUUGCCGAGUUCAAGUCGAAGCUCGAGGCGGUUUUGAGUGAAAACAAGGCCAACAACUUUGUCAAGGUCAUGUAUGGCGGCGGCACGACCAUCACGUGCUGUCCACCGCUUGGCAACCAAGGCUAUUACGAUGCGCUAGAAGAAGCCGCUUGCAGCUUGCACGCUGCGCGCGCCAAGGCCUAUGCGAACGGCGCCGACUGUCACGACACGCUGAACAUGGUGCUGGCCAAGAUUUCGCUGCUCGACUGGACCGACAUGGGCGAUAAUGUGCAAGCCCACAAGUUGGCGCAGCUGUGCGACGACAUUCGCCAUGCUCUGCGCUAUGGCUGUCUCGACGAUGACGAGACGCUUGGCCCGGACGACGAUGCGACGAUGACGGCCCAGCGACAAGCCAUGGUCUUCGAUUCCCAUCUCGACCUGCCACCCGACGAGAUGCUCGAGUUCGAGCUGGAUGCAGCCGACGACGACGUGGCGUCGACUCUGGCGUCGGCAAAAACCAUCUUGUUGUGCUACCUGGAGCAGUUUCUGAUGCAAGUGGACGCACCGCGCAGUCUGGUGCUGGAAGCGCGCUUUGAUGUUGUGUGGAACUUUGUCGUCUGGCGCCGCGAGUACCGCGUGCGGUCGUGGUUUGCGUCGCUCGCAGCCAGUGGCCGCGACGAAGCCGAUUUGCUGGACGUUUGCGUGCGCCGGAUGAAGCAGUACCUGCGCCGCUGCCAGCACACGUGCGCCAAGUGCCAGCUUGGGUGUUUUGAGUCGAUUUUGCACGAAGCCAACGUCGACCAUGACUGCGGCACAGACCACACGUGCGCAGGCUGCUGCUCGUACUGCACGGCGGGCAAUGUGCCGUGCGGGGCCGCCGCCGGACACACUGGCCCCUGCAACUGUACAUACGCCAACCACACGUGCACGUCCCCCUGUGUGAUGGCGAGUGCGAGCAACUGCGACGGCGACUGCCACCUGCCCGUCGACCACGACGGACCGCACGCGUGCAACGUGGCCGAGCAUCGCUGCAGCCACGCGUGCACGGCGCCCGACUGCCGCAGUCUGUGCACGCAGCUCUUUGCCAUCACCCACGAUCGUCACGACUGCGGAUCGUCCAGUUGUAUGCGUGGCUGCAGCAUUGCGGGGUGCUCUCGCCUGUGCCAUGUCCAAGACCACUUUCAUGCUGCCGGCCAUACCUGCGGCGCGGACCACCGAUGCGCCACCGAGUGCGCGGCCGACGGCUUAUGCGAGGUCAAGGUGCAGCGUACGCCGACGACCUUUGAGGGCGGCCGUGGCACGUUUGAAUACACGCAGCAAACGAUGGUCGGCGUGCGCAAAAAGUGUGCGGCCUUGCUGCCAGUCGGGGCGCUCGAUCACGACGGCGCCGCGCACCGCUGCGACGCGACUGACCACACGUGCGCUGCGCAGUGCCCGUGUUGCCGCUACUACUGCACCAAAGCUGUCGGUCACGCGGGUUUGCACGCGACGUCGCACGGCAACAUGACGGAGACGUACUUUGUCUCGGAUGUUGCCAGCGUUGACAUUGCCGGACGGGCCUACGUGGCGGGCGAAGACGGCGUUGCCGAGAUGUGUCCUUUCUUUUGUUCGAAGAUGGGACGCGGCCACGUGCACUAUGUCCCGUGCGACCACGCGAGCGCCGAUCUCUGCAAUGCCUCGGACGGGCGCCGCCACUGCACGACGGCGUUGGAGCCACACCCGACACGGCCCAUGGACGAAGUGCUCCACGCAACGUACUGGAAGAUGCAAGGGUGGGAGGACCCGGUGGCAAGUGCCAUGGACCGCAACGCCUUUGGCUUGUGUCCGUACCAGUGCGCGGCCCCCAGCCACAAGGAAGGCGAGACGUCAUUUUGCACGUUGGAGGCCUGGCAUGCGCCGGUGGUGGCCAACGCGCCGCCCGGCCACACACUCGCGCGCGGCCACGUGCUGCCAUGCACGCACACGGCGCAUCGCGGCCAGGUGCACCACGUGUUUGUCCUCGACACGUCGGGCUCGAUGCGCGGCCAGCGGUGGACUGACGCCAAAAACGCUGUGUACGAAUACAUUGCUCAGCAGCGCGCCAAGAAGGGGGCCAUGUACCCCGACAUUGUGUCGGUCAUUUCCUUUAGCGAAGGCAGCCAAAUCGUCUACGAAGGUCGGUCGCUGUGCAAGAUGGGCCGCAAGACGUGUGCGGCGAUUCCGUUUCGCGGCUUCGGCACCAACUACAAUGACGGUCUGCGCGCGGCGAUCGAGGUGCUGUCGCGCAACGACCACACGACGUACACGCCGGUGCUGCUCUUCUUUACGGACGGCCGCCCCCACCACGCGAGCAAUGGCAUCGCGGUCGCCGUGCACGCCAAGACGGGGCUGGUCUCGCGCAGCGCAGUACCGUACUAGCAGGCUGGGCAGCGCUCGGAGUCAAGGAAGGAAUUCGACGACUGAAAGCCAAAAUAAAGUUUUU